AAAAUUUAGGAUUUUUAAAUACUGAAAAAAUUUGGGUUGCUAGCGUCAAAGAACAAUUCGAUUAUUGCUAUCAACAUAAUCUUGCUCACGUGUGGGCAUAUUUGUAUACAGAAUGGUACUGCCCUGAAAUGUGGAAACUCUGGGCACAUGCAGCAAGUCCGAAAAUUAAUAUAUUACGGAGUACUAUGGCUAUCGAAAGCCAUUGGCGGGUUUUAAAGCACGAUUUUUUUUCAAACUUUAAUAAUGCAUGGCUAGACUUGAUUAUUUAUAUUAUUGUUUCUAAAGUUAUUCCUCGUCAAGCUGACCGAUUGCAAUUAUUACAUAAUGGACGGUGUAUGCCAAAGUGGCGUGAAGAAUUCCGGGUUGAAUGGAAAAAACUAUCAAAUAAAAUAAUUAUUAAUAAUCUUAAUCGUAUUACGUUGGAUUUGCUCAUGUCCAAGUUUUCUUCUAAACUGAUAAUGCAACAGGAAUCAUAUCCCCUCCUUGAAAUUAAAGAAGAAAAUGCUUUUUCUGAAUUACCAAAAAAUAUUUAUGUCGCAAUCCAAAGUCUUAACGUCAAUAUUAAGACUCAAGAAUUAAAUGUUAAUAAUGAUGAUCAAGAAGCUUCAAGUCAAGCGCAAGAGCAAGAAUUUGCUGAUAUAAAUGAAAAUGAUAUUAUCGGUCACAAAAAUAUCAUUGAUAUUGAUGAUUAA